AUGGCAGACGAGCUCAUAUCCUCUCUUUACCCGCCUCCUCCACCUUACUACAAAUUCUUCACGGAGGAGAAUGUUGACAAGUUCAAAAAAUGGUGUGAAACCCACAAUGUGGAAGAAGAACUACCGCCAGGCGAACUCCGUUUCCAAGUGCCUCCAAAAGUGCCUCUGGGUGAACAAUACAGAGGCUACGGCAGUCUAUGGGCGUUAGAAAACAAACUUCCGUCCCUCAAGGCGCUGGGAUGGCGCCAGCUUUACAACGACGACGAUGAAACCAUCACUUCUACACAGAAAAUAGACGAGCUUCAUAAGCUACUAGACUCUCUCUUGUUGAAUUUUCUAGAGCUUGUUGGGUCUGUUUCGGUCGAGCCAGCCAAGUUUUACGUCAAAAUCGAGGACUUGAAGUUGAUACUCAUCAACAUGAAUCAUUUAUUGAACACAUAUAGACCCCAUCAAACGAGAGAGAGCUUGAUUAUGUUGUUGAAAACUCAAAUCGAGGCGAAACGAGCAGAGAUACAAGCAAUUGACAAUACAGCAGAGGAGGUGAAGGCCAGAAUUCUAAGCUUAGUGCAGAAUGAAAGCUUUACCGACCUUCUACAAGAUGAACCAGUCAAUGACAGUGAGCAAGAACUGAGUAAUGCUGACAGGGAAGCGAAACUAGAGGCGCUCAAAACACUCAUGAACAAAACAUAG